GCUUACUACAGCGCGGGAAGACUCCAGAACCCUCCCAUCUGUCGGCGAUUCGUUCUCAAUUCUUGUUCAACCUGCCCAUCUUCUGCUUUAUCGCUUAUUAUCUCUCGUAUGUAUACACAAAAUUUAUGUUUGCUGAUUCAUUUCCAGGAUAUAGGUCUUUGUACUGCGUAGUAAUUUCUAUUACAAAAUCUCUCUAUAUCUGACUACGGUGGCACUAGGUGUAUUGCCAUAAGCAUCGGCCGUGCUUCAUAAUAGAUUGAACUGGGACGAUGCCGGUGGGCGACGCAGGGCACGCCACGUCGCUGCCUUUCGUAGUACAGACGUAUAAAUGGUUUAUGUGCAUGGUCUCCACUGAUGACAGCACCCAAUCCCCACUGAGUGACAGCAUGACCCCUCAGCUCAGUGAGCACUGUUUUAUUGCUGUCUCCCACUCCGGCACUCCAGUUGGCUAUCAGGAGGAGAUCGCUAACGUACAGACAUAUGUAUCUGAGCCUACAAACCCAUCCGAGUCCAAGGGCGUCAUCCUCUACUUUUCUGAUGUUUUCGGGUUCACAGUGCUCGGCCUCGACUACUUUUUCGGAGAACCUAUCCAUGAAUGCAUGAACAAGCCGGACUUCGACAGGGCGGCGUGGAUAGAGAAGGCGUUUAGUAACGCUAAUACCCAUACUCGGCCAUGGGCUGACGCUGUUGUGAAGAAAUACGGCCCAGGCUUGAAAUACUGUGCUGUUGGCUUUUGCUUUGGCGGGCCGCAUGUACUCAAUCUUGCCAAGAACGGUGGCUUAAUUGUGUGUGGCGCAAUCGCUCACCCUGCCACUCCCUCCGAGGAUCUGACGGAGAUCGACGAAUGCACAGAGACACGUCGGAAGGUUGAAGACAAGCUUGUCGAGCAACAGAAGACGUACCACUUCCAGAUUUUCAGCGGUGUGAAACAUGGAUUUGCGGUUAGAUGUGAUCUGAACGUGGAGAACGAGCGUGAGUAGUUCUUCUCUCGAUUUUUUCUACCCUUUUCGCGCUGGUUCUUGUUUUAACGCACAACUUCCUGCUUUCUCUUUUACUCUUGCCUAUGGUCUGCUUAUUAACAUAAUCCUCCAGGAUGGGCAAAGGAAGAGUGUCAGCGCUGCAUGGUCGCAUGGUUCAAGCGUUUCACAGCCUAAAUAGACAGCUCAUCAUAGGACAGACUUUGUCGCGGAGUCUGCAAACCUAUCGAAGACUGGCCAUUUUUUGCGUGUUCUAGCUAUGUGGUGUAGUAUUAAUGACGUACAAAUCUACCAGACUAUGUCAUUAUGGCCCUCUCUGCUGUAACAACGGAGCCUUGCACUGCCAAAAGAA